GUGGUCUUAUGCUUCUCUUUCUUUUUUAAUUUUUUUUAAUUUUUUUCUUUUUUUCUUUAUAUAAAUUAAUCCCAUUUGUGAAAGAAUCUUAUAAGGGCAAGAACCCCUACUUUAUGUAGCAUCAUUCACAUUCUUUCUAGCUACUAGCCCACAACGCAACUUAUCAUGGAAGGAACGAUCAUCUUCGAAAGUGCUGCACAACACCAACUUUUUUCCUCCUCCGCCGCUGCCGCAGCCGUCGCCACUUCUUCCACCACUUCCUCCGCCUCGUCGACUUCCGGUGGUUGUGUUUUACCUUCCGCCUCAUCCACCUCCUCCUCCUCAUCGGACUCUUCCACGAAUGAGACGCAAAGUGUAGUAAAAUCAAAAGACUGCUCCAAGGGUCAAAAAAUCACGAGAAAAGCUCAAGGAGAAAAAAGUGGGAAUGAAGACGCGGCACGGCAGAGGAACGGCGGCUCCGCCUCGGCCAACGACAAACACCCGACGUACCGGGGAGUGCGGAAACGGAAUUGGGGCAGAUGGGUGUGCGAAAUUCGGGAGCCAAGGAAGAAGUCCAGAAUAUGGCUUGGGACGUACCCCACGGCUGAGAUGGCGGCUCGAGCUCAUGACGUGGCAGCUUUGGCCAUUAAGGGCCAAUCAGCCUACCUGAAUUUCCCUCAGUUGGCUCAGUACCUUCCCCGCCCCACCUCCACUGCGCCUAAGGACAUCCAAGCCGCCGCAGCAAAAGCCGCAGCAGCCACAUUUCCCGAGGAAACAAGCCAGUGCGGAGCUGAACCCCAGCUGAGCGAAAGCAAGCUGCCUAGUUCUCAAUCUUCGACAAAUUUAACGUUGGACAACAUGCAAGAAUCGUCAAAUUCGGCUUCAGCAGCUCAUCAUGAUGACGACACAUUCUUCGACUUGCCGGAUCUAUCCCUCAGUAGCACAGAUCACAGUAAUGGGUACUGUUAUUAUGCUUCUUCUUGGCAGCUGGCUGGAGCCGACGUGGGAUUCCGGCUGGAAGAUCCAUUUUUGUGGGAGUGCAAUUAGGUGGAAGUAAUUAAUUUCUCUUCUUUUUUUUUUUCUUUUUCAUGGUGAAGUCACUAACUGUCAUAACUCUUCAGUAUGUGGUCAAAUAAUUACAGUAUAUUGCAACCCACAUACUGAUCUUAUUACAUAAACUCAAAUGUGUGAUAAUCAAUUCAGUCUCUUAUAUACUCAUCAAAUGUUCCAUCAU